AUGCAUAUAUGCAUAUAUAUGGAAACAUUCAUUUAUAGCACAUUGUUCAACCCGAAGACAAAGGGAAACCGAACACGAAAAAGAAAUGGGAAAGAAAGAGGCCGCGGUCACGUGGUGCGCGUGCGCGCACCACGUGACCGCCCACGCCAAUUCUGGGAAACAGCCGGGAAACAGCCGGGAAACAAAAGCGCUCCCACCGGGCAACCGGCCUGGCCCAGCACAGGGGCAACGCGCGUCACGUGCCGGUCAGCGCUCCCUAGGAGGCCCACUGCCACUGCCACUGCCCGAUCUCGCCGCCGAUCUGCGCUCCCCUUACGGUAUGCUCCCUUACGGCAUGCUCCCUUACGGCAUGCUCCCCUUGCCAGUUUCCACACAAAACUCGCACGCCGCAGCCGCCCCCUGGCCGCAAACGGCAAACAGAUGGCCUCUCGCGCAACCUCUGCCACGGCGUCUAUCUCAAUCCCAAUGUCUCAGCUCCACCCCUUAACGGCCGUCCGGCCUGCUGCCGUUUCCGUCACAGCUCGCCUUCGCGUGUCCCAAACCGGCAGCCCAAGGGGCAUCCCGUUUGGGCAUCGACCCGUUCGGGUAUCGUCCUCCCCGAGCACGUUUGCCGCAUCGGGCAACCCAGGCCAGCACUUCGCUUGCCCUUUCGGGCCACCGCCCACGCACCUGCGCAUUGCUCUACGCCCGCCCCUGCGCGUGCGUGCGUACGCGCACGCACGCACACACACACCCGCCCGCACACCCGCCCGCCACGGCCCUGCCGCAGCAGCACUCACGCUUCCGCAUCGGGCAACUGUCUCAUUCCCUGAAGCGGCAACACGUCAACACACACGUCCCCCUCCGGCACGCCUGCUUCUACGCGUCCGCACUCACAUCUCCCAGAGCGGCAAUCGCACGAGCUGCUUUCGCUGUGCCUGCGGGCCCGUCUGA